CUCUGUUUCUGUUUUUCCUCUUCCCCAAAACUCAAUCCGGUCAUCAUUGACGUUGACUGACACAUCGACUCCCUCCCCAGCUGUCGUGCGCUGAGGCUGUCAUCUCCGCUGCCUCGCGCUCUCUUCUCGCCUUCCUGAUCUCCUCUCAUACCUUUCCCCACCUCACCUGAACACCUGUCGGUUAUGGAGGACAACAAGGCCGCUUCCCAAGGGAAGCUGCCCAUCGACAGUGCCAUCACCGAGGAGAAUGGCUCCCAAUCCCCUUCCGAUCGCUCCCUCACCCCCUCCGGCUUGCGCGAGCGCCGGCGCAAUGGCCUCACCAAGGAUGUCGAAAGCGACAAUGAGGAGGAAGAAACUAAGCUGAAGCGCAACUUGAAGAACCGUCACCUGCAGAUGAUCGCCAUUGGUGGUACUAUUGGUACAGGUCUCUUCAUCAGCAGUGGAACAGCCCUUGCGGAGGCUGGCCCGGCAGGUUCCCUUAUCGCCUACGCCUUCGUCGGUUCCAUCGUCUAUUCUGUCAUGUGCUCGUUGGGAGAGAUGGCUACCUAUAUCCCCAUCCCCGGUGCCUUCACCUCCUACGCCGCUCGUCUCGUCGACCCCAGCUUGGGUUUCGCCAUGGGUUGGAUCUACUGGUUUAACUGGGCCUCCACAUACGCCGUCGAGUUGACCGCGUCGGGUAUGAUCAUUCAGUACUGGAAUGAUCAGCUGUCUAUUGCUAUCUUCAUCGGUGUCUUCUGGGUCGUCAUCUCCGCCAUCAACUUCCUUCCCGUCGGUUUCUACGGCGAGCUGGAGUUCUGGUUCUCUAUCACCAAGGUCUUGACCGUUCUGGGCUUUAUGAUCUUCGCCAUCUGCAUUGAUGCUGGUGUCGGCAAGCAGGGCUACAUUGGAUUCAAGUACUGGCACGACCCGGGUGCUUUCGCUCCCUACCUGAUCACCUCCAAUGAGUCCGUUGGCAAGUUUGUCGGUUUCUGGGCUGUGCUCAUCCAAGCUGGUUUCUCCUACCAGGGUACUGAGCUGGUGGGUGUCGCCGCCGGUGAGACUGAGAACCCCCAGAAGACUGUCCCCUCGGCCAUCCGCAAGACUUUCAUCCGUAUCCUGGUCUUCUUUGUCCUGACCAUCUUCUUCAUCGGCUUGCUCGUGCCCUACACCAACCCCGACCUGGCCAGCGGAACUGAAAACGCUUCUGCCUCCCCCAUGGUCAUUGCCGCCAACUUGGCCGGUGUCAAGGUCCUUCCUAGCUUGAUCAACGCUGUUCUUCUCACUGUCGUCUUGUCCGCCGCCAACUCCAACGUUUACAGUGGCAGUCGUGUUCUGCUUGGUCUGGCCCAGGAGGGUUUCGCGCCCUCGAUCUUCGGAUGGGUCACUCGCCGUGGUGUCCCCUAUGUCAGUGUGGCUUUCACCGCUCUCUUCGGACUUCUGGGCUUCAUGAACGUCUCGGAAUCGGGUACGACCGUCUUCAACUGGCUGGUCAACAUCUCCAGUGUGGCCGGAUUUAUCUGCUGGACGUCCAUCAACGCCAGUCACAUUGCCUUCAUGAAGGCAAUGAAGGCGCGCGGUCUCUCCCGCGACACCCUUCCCUACAAGGCCAUCUGGCAGCCCUGGUUGGCCUGGUACGGACUGUUCUUCAACAUCCUGAUUAUCUUCACUCAGGGUUUCACCGCUUGGAUCCCGACCUUCAACGUUUCGGACUUUUGGGUAGCCUACAUCUGCCCCGUUUUGUUUGUCAUCCUGUACAUUGGCCACAAGGCGUGGUACCGUACCAAGUUUGUGCGGCCCAUCGAGGCGGAUCUGGACACCGGACGUCCGCCCUACACCACUUGGGAAUCGAGCAACCCCAAGGACGGAUGGGUGCGGAGGAUCUGGGAUAGCAUCAUGGGAUAGACGUGGAUAUAGUGAUGAUGAAUAUAUAUUAGAAGAAUCGGAGAUUUCGUUUUGUCGCAUAUAGCGGAGUUUGGCGUGCAUUUGUGUAACAUAUUUAUAGUUAUAAAGUUAUCCGGUAGCUGAUAGACAGCUACCAAAAUAUAUUUAGAUGCAAUUUACAUUCAGUAUAAUUAGC